UAUUCUUUGCAGAAAUUAUCCUUAUUCGACCACGCUUUUCUUUUUCUCUCUCUUUUGCUCUCGGAAUCGAAAAAGACUUUCGCUUGUUUGCUGUUUAUAUUGUGAAAUUUAAAAAAAAAAAUGGCGACUGCUCGUUCUCGGUCCUGGUCGCCGAGAAAGGAAUCCAAUCCGUAUCCGGUCGGCGGGGAUGACGGAAGUGUUCCGGACCGAGGGUUCGGCCUGUCGGACCAUCCCCGUGCCAAGGAUUACCCGCUGUGCGGCGAAAACGAAGAGUCUAUCCCGGAUCUCGGGUUCGGGUUGCGGGGACUCAGUGCUGGAGGUCGGAGAGUCAAAGCCGGGCCCGAGGUCGGGACGGACGAUGCGUCUGUGCCGGAUUUGGGAUUCGGUUUGAAGGAAAAACGUGCUGGAGAGUCGAAGGAAAAAGGAGCUGGGGUGGAGGAUGUCAUCAAGCCUAAGAAAGCUUACGUGUUGGGCUCGGAGUCGAAGCCGGUACCCCACAUUCGAACCCAGGAUUGUUCCAGGUUCCUCGGGGACCUGAAGGCAAGUGUGGAAGUUGUUCAUCGGACAGCCAGCGAACGUCGGGCGUCGAUUUCGGGUCCCAAGUCCACUGGAGACGGCGAUACGGCAACUAAUAAGAGUUCGGCCAGAGACGGCUACACGACGGACACUUGCUCUGACGACGACCUGGAUGAUUCCUCUGUGCUCGAAAAUCUGGCUUCUGAUGCCGUGGAUGUCAGAGAGGCGAUUGAGGGUAUGGAAGCGCAGUUGCCGAAAUUGCCGAAAAUUAACAGGUUUCUGGCUGCAAUCGCGACUAACUCCGUGCCCACUAUCCAGGAACCGAAGACGGAAUGUUCCUUGAGUCCUCCAAUAUUCGACGCCAUUGUCCAAUCCGUGGAUGCUUUCCAAGUCAUCAUGGAAACGGUGAUUGAGCAAGGAAGUGGCUUGAACAUCUCGGGUGUUUUGAAUCGUGGGAAAGCCGUUGGCAAGGCUUCGAGCUUGGCCGAGUUUGAGGCGGUGCGAGGAGAAAUCGGCGCCACUUUGGACAAGCUGGGAUUGUUGACUGGCCUCGCUGUGGAAUGCAAAGGCGCCCUGGAAGCUAUCGGAGCGUCUGUUGAGGCCGCCAUGGUGUCCAUGAAUGGGGAGCAGAGGAAGCAAAUGGUCGAGGAUCUCGGCGCUUUCAAGGAGAGGUGA